AUGCAAGGGCCCAUGAUCCACACCUUCGAGGCAGAGUUUCCGAAGCCAGCCGGAUCUCGGCUUGGUAUCCAGCUGUCGUUAGUCAACACACCCGACCGGGAAGGCUUAGUCGUCGAGAAGGUAGCCGACGGAGGGGCGGUGGAUGCGUACAACAAGAAAAGCCCAGAAGGCUACAGAAUACAGGAGGGAGACUUGGUGGUCAAAGUCAAUGGUGUUAACGCUGAUGGCCCACUAGCACAUCAUAUGCCAGCGAUAGCUGGUAAAGUCAUGGAGGCUUCUACCAUCCGACUGGAAGUGAGAAGAUACUGUGCAGGACCCAACUUGGCGACUUCAGGCAGUGCAGCAGUGUCCAAGUCGCCGAACCUGCUUCCUCCGCCCAACUUUCAGGAAGUAUCCGGCAACUGGACAGGGACGGGCUCCUCGCAGCAGCCUGCAGAUGCAGACGCCGGUGCCUUGGGCCGGCAUGGCUGGAAGGUUCAGAGCCAGACGGCGCCGACAGCACCGUUCUUCUCCGACACGCCAGGUGGCGAGGGUGCUUGUGGUGCACAGGCGCAGAGCCAAGCGGACGUGGACUCGUUGCUGAUGCAGCAGGGCCAGGCCCUGGCCAGGCAGUCCAUGGGCCCGGGACUGGCUGCGGAGCUGGAUGUGGAGCCGGAUGUGGUUGCGGUGGCUGUGGCUGUGGGGGCUGUGGGGGGUCCAGCGGCUGCGGUGGCUGCGGUUGCGGAGGUCUGCCUGUGGAGCCGUGUCACGGGGGUUGUUCUACAGAAGGUCCUUUACAAGAGCGAAGGCUAUGAUGUCACCUCCACCUCCGCCCCCCCUUCCACCAUCAGCUGCAGCGUCGCAGGCACAGAGGAGCCCAACGCAGAUGCCUAUGAACAUCAACGCUUUGAGCGCCUUGGCAUGAUGCGCUCGAGCCGGCAUCUCCGAUCAGAAGAAAGCUGGACGAAAUCUGUUGCGCAAGGCAAGCAAGCGUUGCAGCUGCAGCAGAAAAUUGCACAGCUGCAGCAACAACUUGGCAAAUGCCUCGGCUGUGUGAACCAGGAGUUCCAUCAUCAAUCCCAGCAGACCGCCCCACCUACACAGCUACAGGUCUCAUGGGCGAAGGACCGCAAGCCAGUCGAGGCUAUCAGCAGCCAGCGACUCCGCAGCAGCCUCGUUUUGAUGGACUGGCCGAGCGCGCGGAGGAUCCUGCAACAUGUAGUCAUGAGAUGUCUUGCGGCGGGCAUGGCACAGAACACCCAGGCACAGCAGUCGAUUAUGCGCUCAAUGAUCUCUCCUCAGUCACAGCCUCCGCAGCAUCCGGCGCCCACCAAGCUGCAGAACAAGGAAGAGGCCCUUCUUGCCGUGACCUUCGCAUCGACGAAUCAGACCCCAAAUGGCGACACCGAGCUUUGGGGCAGGGCGGAGCACUUGUUAAGUAUCCUGCGUCUGCAGGUUUAUCUACAGCGGCAUGAAGGCAUGAGGCUUGGCCUCAGCGUCCUUCCGGUCACCAUGCACGACGUCGCAGUGCUGUGGGUGAACGAAGUGUCUGAGGGGGGCGCUGUGGACGCCUGGAACAAGUCCGUCUGCUCCGCCUUCCAAGUUCGAAGUGGAGACGCAAUCACCCGCGUCUUCAAUGCAGUUGGAGACCAUGCCAAGAUGAUGGAGGAGUUGCAAAGCCACCGCAACAUUCGCCUGGCAGUCGUGCGGCAAGGGGGCAACAACCCGGCAGUGCCGGCCGGUGCAAAGGCGCCUGCAAAAGCUCCACCACAACUUCCACAGCAAGUUCCCAAGUCCGGUGCGCCUCGAGUUCAGGACGACCUGGGUCCACGUGGUCAGCUGGCGGGUGUUGGUGCAGCUGAUGAGUUGCAGAAUAUGCUAGCGGGCCAUGGCGCUGAAAGCGCCGCAAGCAGGAUGCCCAGACCUCCCAUCAACCAGGCCUUGCCUAACGAGGCCGCGGAGGAUGCGUUGGAGAAAACAUCCGCACCUCCCCCCGGUUUAGCAAAACCAUUGGUGCCUAUCGAAUCUCGACCUCUCGGAACAGCUGCGGACGAUCCAGGUGAUUUGAUAGGGAGCAUUGACGUCCAAGAAAAUGGCACGAAUGGGCCGCUUCGUUUUCAGGUGGUCCUAGCGCGCAAAGGGCCCGGGCGUCUUGGUAUAGAUGUCGUCCUCAAGCGAGAGGCAAACUUCUGCGGCUUGUUGGUCUACAAAGUCAGUGAGGGCGGCAGAGUGGACGCGUGGAACAAGCAGAGCCAGAUGCCCUACCGGGUCUUGCCAGGUGAUCACAUCCUCGAGGUGAACGAUGUGAGCAUCAGUGGGGACAACAACCCGCAGAAUGACAAGUUUGCCGUCAGGAUGGUCCAAGAGUUGUCCAAGGACAGGAAAAACGUGCACUUUACGGUCGAAAGAGUACCCUCCGUGUCUGAACUCUCUCAAGAGGAUGAGAGUGCCAUCCAGGUCGGUCUGUCUGAAGGCGAAGCUCGUCGCCGCCUGGAGGGGCAGAUGAUGCCUCGGCAGGUAGGCCCCCAACAGACCCCAGAAGGUGGUCAGGACCGUCUCUGCAUUUGUGGUGCGAUUGCAAAGGGCGGCGCGCAGCCCCCGGCUUCAAAGCCACCGGCAAAAGCCCAGGCUCCGGCACAGCUUCAAGCACCCCCGAAGCCGGGGCAGCCAACGCCGACCCCACCUGCAGUCGCACCGAAGUGGCAGCCGAAGUCUUCGCCAGCCCUGCCAGGCCAAAAGUCUGAGGAGAGCGACAGCGUGGAUGUGGAUCUGGAACCACCCCAAGGUGCAUUGUCUGCCACCGCCCUUGCAGAUGGCGAGGUCUCCGACCAGGGCCCUUCUGCAGAGGUCAGGGAGGAGGAGGAGAAGGCAGGGGCGCCCGAAAAGGUCGAGGAGGACAAAGACGACGCCAAAGCAGAACCGAAAGGAUCUGAGAAGGAAAAGGAGGACGCAGCCGCAGCUCCAGCAUCCGAGACGGAAGCUGAAGCCAACGCCGCUCAGGAGGGGCCGGAAGCGCCAGCUGCUCCCGUUCUAACAGCCCAGAAGGCACCAAACGUCAAGGCUGGGGCAUCUGACUCCGGCCCUCCUUCGGCUCCGCCCCCGAGCUCUCCCUCCUCCAGGCCUCUGCCACCACCCCCGAAGGUGCAGGCGCCCCCGGCACCCAAAAAGGAAGAGAAGGAAGCCCAGGCCAAGUCGCUGCCUGCGCCGCCUGCCGGCCCGGCGCCAGCACCACCUCAAGGCGGCGAUGCGGAAGGCGAAAAAGGCGAGCCAUCCGACUCGCCAUCACCGAAGGUGCAAACAUAA